AAGGGAAUAAUGCACUAUAUAUAUUAACAUAAUCCUUUGGAAAAUACAAACAUAAUCCAAGCUAACAAUUCGUUAAUAUUGUGCCCUCGGUAUUAUUAUAGGUGACAACUCCGGUACCCAUUUAAAAAAUGGGGUACCGUGCCUACCAAGCAUUUGAUUGGUCCAACUCAUUAUAUGUUUUUUAAUUUAGAUUUAAAUAAUUCAACUGCAUCAUUCUUAUUGGUCUAUUUGGACAAAGGUAUGGUACAUUUGGGGUACCAUAGAAUCUACCAUUAUUAUAAUACAGAGUCUUACCUUAUCUUUUAAUUAAGAUGUUUCCAUUUUUAUAUUUUUCUAUGCUCAACUUGGACAAUUAUAAUUAUAGACCCGGAACCUCUGCCUUGCUUUAGAGCAAGGUAUGGUGUUCGGCUCAUAGGGGUCGCCCAAUCAAAAAACCAAAAAAUCAAUGACGCCAGAUCUUGGAUGUCGACAUCUCAAGGCGCCCUUUCCCCCAUCCGCUCAUUAGUUGCCGCACAGCACCAUUGCCGCAUGACAGAGGAUCUCAAUCCUUAUAAUUACUCCGUAUAUUUCAUUCCUUAAUACUAAGAACAUGUGUUGUACGUGAUUGAAUCAGCCGAUUUUGCUGAAAUUUAUGAAAUUCUGGCUGAAGUGGCCGAUUCUGAUGAUAUAAGAAAAAAAUUAAAAUAUAUUUUAUUAAUAAAAUAAAGAAAAAAUUAUACCAUGUACUACGUAUGUAAAAAUAGCUAAAAUGGUCAUCUACAAUAACUUCAACCAAUACAACCAGAAAAGUGAUUUCAACCUUACUUUUUAUUAUUAUUACACAAUUCAUCGCGUGAAAUCAAAAGUUGCGUAUUUAUUAUUAUUAUCAAUCAAAAGUUGACUGAUAAGCCUCAUAAGCCGAAAACAAGUCUACCAAACAGUCUCUAAAAAAUAAAAAACAUAUUUGAAAAUUUAAAAUGAGAAAAAUUUAAUACAGUGUGAUUUUUUCAAAACUAAAUUUCCAAUAAAAGAGGUAGUAUUAAAAAUAUGACUGUUGAAAAAUUUAAUACAGUGUGAUUUUUUCAAAAGUAUAUUCAUAGAGCAUAAUAAUAUUACUCCGUAUCUAUUAAAAACAAAAGUAGUAUUAAAAAUAUUGAAUAAAACAAAACUAAGACAACAAAACAGCCACCAGCCAAAGCAAAAACAGAGCAGCACACUGAAGCGAGAGGCUGCUGUAAUAAAAAUUCAUACGGCUGAGUCAAAUCGGAGAGAAACCCGGCAGAGAGGGCAACUGGAAUGAGUUCUCAGCCACUUAUCGACGCAGACGGCGUGGAACCGGUGCCGGCACGCCGGCAACACCUUCACCUUCUCCCCUUCCUGAAAGCCCGAAAGGCAGAUGCAACACUCGGCGUCUCCGCCGCUUCCAGCUGCGUGCAGAACUAUGGGAUAGUUAUCGAUCACGGCGGCUUGGAGCCCGAGUUGAGUCUCCGCCGCCGCGUGCGGCGGCGCGUGGGGACCACGCUCCGCCCGGAACCGGCAGACCCAGCGCAGAUAGAGGGCGAAGACGAAUAGCACGAGGAGGAGGGCGAAGACGGCGACGAAGAAGAAGAGGGACUGGCGGCUGAUGCGGUAGUUGUCGUCGAAAGCGGCGUAGUGCCAGUGAAAAGAGUCCCGGUGAUCGGCGGGGGCGGCCGGCGGUUCGUCAAAUGAAGACAUAAGGAGGGAGGUAUAGAAUAGCAGUAGUAUUAGGCAGUUUUAUCAUCAACUUAUCACAAUAAUAAAUAAUAAAUAAAUAAAAAAAUAAAACGGAACUUUCCAUAUUCUAUCCGGUACCAAAAUGAUAUGUAAAGUAUCAUGCAAAUAUUUCUUAACUAUUUGAUUCCAUAAAUAUGUACUCUCCAAAUUUAAUCUACCUGUCCAAUCAAAAAAAAUCUGGUCCUUUUGCGCGUGUGGAAUUAAUCUAUACAAAUUGUCUAAUUAUUUUCCUAAUCUGGUCCUUUUGUCAUACUCAAGUAACUCAACUAGUCAAAUUGCCGUUUUAUAAAAAAUGGUUUUCUUUUAAUAAAAGUAUUUUAAAUAAAGAGUACAAUUUUUUUAUUAGUCCAUUGUUUUAAUGUACUGUGUAUAUGUGGCUAAGAGCCCGUUUGGUAGCAAGAAAAUCGGCUGAUUUGGCUGAUUCUGCUGAAAUUUAUGAAGUUCUGGCUGAAGUGGCUGCAUUCGCUGAUUUCGCCGUUUCAAGAAAAAAAAUUAAAUAUAUUUUAUUAAUAAAAAAAGAAAAAAAUUAUAUGUGAAAAUAGCUAAAAUGAUCAUCUACAGUAACUUCAGCCAAUACAGUCAGAAAAGUAACUCCAACCUUACUUAUUACACAAUUCAGUGCGCGAAAGCAAAAGUUACGUGUUUGGUGAAAAAGUUGGCUGCCAAGCCUGAUAAGCCGAAAAACAGUGUUGCCAAACGGCCUCUAAAUAUCCGCAUGUUAUUAUUGGAUUUUGGGACAAUAUUUUUGAAGAAAAUGAUAUAGUACCCAGUUCUCUUUUAUACUAGUAUAAAUUUAAAUUUCAACCAGUCUUUAUUUUCUUAUUAAACUUAUCAUCAAUAACAACAAUAAGGAAAAAGUAUAGAAACAAAACAAACUUUAGUAAUUAGUUUUUUUCUUUUUUUAAAACAGAAGAUCAGAAGUAAUACAACUAUACAAGAAUCAUCCAAGUAUUACACGAGUUUUUCCGUAUUAAUGCUAAUUAAUUAAUUAAUUACGAAAAUAAUGUUGUGUUAAAAGUAUUUACCGAUAUACUGAUGGGUUUAACCCUGGUCGGGGUAAGUCGCCAGACGGUUGGGCGACUUAUAAGUUGCCAAACCGGAUGGCGACUUAUAAGUCGCUCAACCGUUUGGCGACUUACCUCUUAAACAGAAAGUCGGGUUGGGCGUUUCAGACAGAACGCAAAUAUCUCCAAAUCCCCAAACCCAAACCCUCUGCAGCGACGAGCGAAGUGCGGCGAAGUGCAUGAAGGUUAAUCUCUGGCGAGCGACGACGAGACCUCCCUAUCUUGUCAAUACGACUUCACUUUCAUCUUCUUCAACACUCUAGGUAAACAAAUAUCUCUAUUUUAUCUCAUUUUUCGUGUUAGGGUUUAGAAUAUAGAAAAUUCGAUUUUGUAAAUUAGGAAUUCAUUUGUGAAUUGAUUUGUUGUGUAAUGUGAAUAUGUAUGAAGUGUUGAAUGUUGAUGUUGAAUUCAUUGUUAUAUACAUUUUUUUAAUAUUUGUUAUGUAAUGUAGAUUUGGAGGUGUUUUUUCCGCAUUAAUGCUAAAAAAACUCGUAAAUUAGACUCUAUUUUUUUAAAUGUAAUAUUUUCCCAUUUCUAUGUGUAUAGAUAUCAUAUAGGAUUUGCUUAAUAUGUUGUGAUGUGUAUGAAAUGAUUAAUUUGGGUGUAUAAAGUGUGUAUAUUAAUGUGUACUUAUGAAAGUUAGACAUGUAUUGUUAUUAGAAUAUGAAUUUCUUCAACUUCUCAAUCGUGUGUCAUAGGGGAGGGAACAUAUAUGAGGAUGCUGGCUAAAUACGCCAUGACGGUGGUAGAAGCAGCUUUGUCAUUGUUUCUCGUGGCGCAUGUUUGCUCGAGAUGGUGCAAAAAAUCCACGUAGCUACACAGAUUCAUAUGAGCCGUUCUUCUGCGAUUGAAAAUGAAAUUUCCCCUUAACGUGGGAAAUUACAUGCUUAUGCCACUUGUUGAUGAGCUUGCUGUCACAAAUAUGUGGUUGAUACUUCAGAUGGAGGGUAUGUUCACGCUGGAGAUAUACAUUGAGGAAUCCAUAUGUGAUGCUUCUGCUACUCCCUCAACAUCAAAUGUUGGUGUUUCUAGGCAUGGUGUGAAUGCAGGGAACUCCUCAAAUGUUGCUGUACUGGACAUGAUUGUAGAGGAAGAGGAGAGGUAUUUGCACAAUGGUGCAUCACGUGUAGAUGACCAGGGAAAUGAUGAUGAUCUUGAUGAUAACAUCAAUGAUGAUGACAUGACAGAAUCUAACGAAGAUGUUGGUGAUACAGUCACCGCAACUGCCCCGUCUAGCCACUUCACUAGAAUAUAUGAUCUCCCAUCCGCCUUUCAUGAUGCGUGGAUGAGUGGAUCAGGUAUGAAAAGGUUUACAACCGAAGGUGAGUUUGAGGUUGGUCAACAGUUUGACAACAAAGAACAACUCAUCAAUAUGGUGAGCUUGUAUUCUAUUAAACGGAACCAAUUUUAUCGGGUGCUGGAGUCCGAUAAACACAAAUGAGUUGCAUAGUUCAAGAGGAAAAAGGAACGUGAUUGCACCUGGAGAAUACGCGCCACAAAGAACAAAGGCAACCUCGACAUGUUCACAGUUAUGCGUUAUCCUGGACCUCAUUCUGCUAUCUGUGUUGGCAACACUGACAGUACUGAUCAUGUGACGAUUACUUCAGAUUUCAUUGCUAAAGAUGUGAUUGACAUUCUUCGCACUGAUCCUUCCCUUAAAGUGCAUACUAUUAUUGAGAUGCUGAAGGAAAAGUAUGGGUAUACGGUAUCAUACAGGCGAACAUGGAUGGGCAAGCAAAAGGCCAUUGUAGAAAUAUUUAGCGGUUGGGAGAAGUCUUAUUCUGAAUUGCCACAUUUCAUGACAGCGCUCCAAGAUUCCAAUGCUGGGACAGUUGUUCACUGGUACCCACCUCCUAUUACUCUCAUAGGCUAUAUGUAGUUUCACAGAGUAUUUUGGGCAUUCGAGCCUUCAAUACAUGGUUUUAAGCAUUGUCGACCCGUACUGACUAUUGAUGGCACUCACUUGUAUGGGAAGUACAAGGGUACAUUGCUCGUCGUUAUGGGUAGUGAUGCGAAAACAUUGUUGUGCUUAAUUCUCAAUUGUCACCAUUCUCUAAUCGGAGCUUACGUUUCUAAUAAAUUGCAGCGGAAGAUUUAAAAAAAGGAUGACACCCCAUCCCUGAGGUCCCCACAACACCGACCGGACAGUACGAUGGGAGGAUGUAAAUUGGACUAUAAUCACAAUCUGACAGAUAGAGAGUGGGAUUCCGUCCCCGGUACUUGCAGAGGCCCCUUAUUGAGUAACCUCUCAUCGCAGUUGCUGGGAGUCGAACCCGGGACCUAACCCUUGUGGCACUUCCUCUCUACCAGUUGAGCUACGCCCACCGGUUCAGCAGAAGAUUUAAAAUUUCUAUGUGAAGGGCCCCCCCUUUGAUAAAAAAAUGAAUAUAAGAAGGGAUAUUUGCAAUUUUAGUCUCAUAACUUUUGAUUGUUUUCAUUAUCAGUCCCAUAACUUUAGUCACCUGUAAAUUUGGUCCUGUAACAAAAAAAUCUUUGCAAUUUGAAGACAUUUCCCCAGAAGAGUACAUUUUCCAACAAAAAUAUACCGAAAAAGAUGACGCCGACAUUUGAUUUUUGCUGGAAAGUGUACUUUUCUGUGGAAAUGUCCUUAAAUCGCAAAGAUUUAUUAGUUACAGACCAAACUUGCAAGUGACUAAAGUUAUGAAACGAAUAAUGAAAAGUCAAAACAACCUAGAGUUGCACUUGUGGGAUGACUAAAAUUGCAAAUUCUAAAAAACUAUAAACACCAAUGAGAGUAGGGUUAUUUUAGGUAUAGAAAAUAUGUUGGUGUACACUCCAUUUUUGUAGGUAUGUACCGAUAGCUUCUGCCUGUGUACUUUCUUUUCUUUUCUCCCUUAACGACUGUUGCAGUUAACGGUCUCACCCAUACAAGCACACCUCUUCUUCUCCCUUAAGAAUCAUUCGCAUUCACCUCUGAUUGAUUUGGCUACGGCUAAGAACUCACUAAGAUACGCUCAUACACAAGCCUCACACGAGCGUCACUGUAAGUAUUCCCUUAUUCUUCUCUCAAUCGUCUCAGUUAUUAAUUUCAUGUUUCUUUCAUCUUCUCCCCAUCCUCUGAGGUAUUAAUUUCGUG